AAACUUUAACUUAUUUACAUAUCCAACCAACCUACCCCACCCACUAACCCGACCCGCGUGCCCUUCCCGGAUCCUUCCCCCUAAAUCAAACUAAAUCCCUAAUUCCUCUUCCCCGACAUAACCAACAGAAAAAAAUUCACGAUCUCUCCCCCUUCCCUCUAUCUCAUCUCACUAAUCAAACUCUACCACAAUCAUCACGAUCUCCCUCUAUCUCAUUUGUUUCUCUAUUUCGUGUUACUCUUUGAAACACUAUGGCUCCAAAGACUCGUUUCACCGAACAAACGAACAAAGAAGGUGCGCCGGAGAAGAAGAAGAAGAAUGAGUCAGUGGUGGAGAAGAAGAAAGCUGCGGUGGAGAAGAAGAAAGCUGAGGCGGAAAAGAAGAAGAAAGACUCUGUGAUAAAGAAAAAACAAGCAGCGGUGAAAAGGAGGAGAGAAGCCGUUAAAAAAAAAAGAGAUGCAGAGAAAAAGAAGAUUGAAACCGCAGAGAAGAAGAGGAAGCGAGACAGUGGUGUAGACGAUGAGUCCUCGUCCAAUCCAACCAAGCGGCCUCAGACCGCAUCUUCACCAGAACAUCAAGCCGAUCCUGAUCAUUAUCCGCCACUAUCAACGGAGUUACCUUCGCAGGAUGAUAGAGAGGGUACGCCAAGCCCAUCAGUUCCGAUUGAGCCACAAAAAUCACCUACUCAAACACCCAAUGAGGCGGAGAAUCCACUGCAAGCUCCAAUAACUUCUACCAACAGAGAAUCAGGCUCACCCGAGGCUGCCAUUAACAAUGACGGGCAAACGAUUGGAUCUAACAACAUAGAUUCAAAUUCACAUGAGGCUGCUAUUGGAUCUGCUGCCAUUGACAACGACGCUCCAAGAACGGUUGAGAGUGAUGAUAUGACCGUAGAAGCUGACAGACCUGCUGGUUUUUUCUUCAAUCCGAGCAACUAUGGAAAGGGUUGCAAGCUCUCCUCAAGGUGCCAUCAACACGAUUUUCUGAACAAGACGAUUGGUAAGUUGGAUGCCUCAGAGAAGAGUUGGUUUCAGGAACAUCCUCAGUUCAAGCAUAUAUUCCACAUGGAUUGUACCUCAACAAGAAAAGUGAUGGGAUUGUGGAUGUUGCUACUUCGUACUAUGCAUACAGAGAAGGGUCGACAAGCUUGGUUUGGGGUAAACGGUGUUCCAAUUAGAUACUCUAUCAGGGAACAUAGCCUCCUCUCUGGUUUAUACUGCCACUCAUAUCCAGAAAACUAUCAGAGCAUAGGGAGACUGAAGUUUGCGAGAAAGUAUUUUAAAGUGAAGAAGACAAAGGAUGGGAAGGAAAAGGGUCUGCAAGUGACAGAAGCGGAUGUUAAGGAGAAACUUCAGAAGAUGAAAUUUGAUGGUAGUGGCGAUCGUCUGAGGAUGGCGGUUCUUUACUUUCUGGCUACAGUUUUAAGAGGAAGGUCCAAAGCAGGAUACUUCAUUGAGUAUUUCCUUCUCCAAGCAGUAGAAGAUUUGGAGUUUUGAUAACAUAUAACUUCAAAUUGAUGCAAGAUACUGAAGAUGGAGAUGAGCAAUCUACACUUCAAAUUAUGGCAGACACUGCAGAGAGAUUUGAGAAGGCUGCUGCGGAAAAAGCUGUUGUGGACAAGACAGAUGAGGUUGUAGAUGAUGAUGCUUUGGAGAAGGAAGGUGAGGUUAGAGUUGAUGACGCUUUAGAGAACACAGCUUCGGUUGGAGAUUCACAGGAUCCUGCUGAGAUGCCAAAGAGGGUGCCCAAGCGUUCUCAUUUGUUGAGGUCUCCUUUUACGCCAAACUGAUUUGGCUGAACUAUGUUGUUGUUUUUGGAACUUGUAUGUGUUUGUUUUAAAACCUAAAACGGAUGAACUUGUAUGUGUGUGUGUUUUAAAACCUAAAACUUGUAUGUGUGUGUGUUUUAAAACCUAAAUCCAAACUUGGUGGUUGAACAGGUUGCAA